GCAGAAAACAUUGAUAAUUACUCAACCAUCCAAAAUUAUUCCACAUUUCACGCAUUAUGAGCUCGAAAGUUAUAAUGAGUUCUGUGGUAGUGGAUUCUAAUCCCUACAGCCGCUUAAUGGCUCUCAAAAGGAUGGGAAUUGUAAAAAAUUAUGAGGAUAUACAAAAUUUUUCAGUUGCAAUAGUUGGUGUUGGAGGUGUGGGUAGUGUUGCAGCUGAAAUGUUGACAAGAUGUGGGAUUGGCAAAUUACUACUAUUUGACUAUGACAAGGUGGAGUUAGCAAAUAUGAAUCGUCUCUUUUACAACCCAUCCCAAGCCGGUAUGUCCAAAGUACAUGCUGCUAAAGAAACAUUGCGGCAUAUAAACCCUGAUGUGACAAUUGAAAUUUACGAUAUGAACAUAACCACCAUGGAGAAUUACGAGAGAUUUAAGGGACUAAUAGAGAUCGGAGUGGAUCUAGUACUGAGUUGCGUAGACAAUUUCGAAGCUAGAAUGACCAUCAAUUCCGCUUGCAAUGAACUGGACUUAGAGUGGAUGGAAUCGGGUGUCAGCGAAAAUGCCAUCUCGGGCCAUAUCCAAUACAUCAAGCCAGGUCUUACCGCUUGCUUUGCUUGUGCGCCGCCUUUGAUAGUAGCUGAACGGAUAAACGAAAAAACUAUAAAGAAGGAAGGAGUCUGCGCUGCCAGUCUGCCCACUUCUAUGGCCAUUAUAGCUGGGCUCUUAGUUCAAAAUUGUUUGAAAAAAUUACUGAAUUUUGGGCAGGUGACACCGUAUUUAGGUUACAACGCUCUGUGCGAUUUUUUCCCGCAGACCCACCUAAAGCCCAACCCUUUGUGCAUGGAUGAAUGGUGCGUGAAAAGACAGAAUUUACUAUCACUUUCGCCCGGAACUUUGUGUAAAUUGAACGUCCAAGAUAAUUUGUCAUCUAACGAUGACGAACAUGUGAUUCAUUCCAGCAAUGAAUGGGGUAUAACUGUGAUAGACGAAUCACUCCCAGGAUUCGGCAAUGAGAUGAAAUACGAAACAAUCCCACAAGGAUUAAGAUUUGAAUACGAACACGGGUCCAUCUUACCUCGACCUAAAAUAUUGGAAGAUUUAUACGUAGACGAAGAUUCCGAACUUUCAAUUGAAGAAAUGGUCAAGCAAAUCAAAAAUUUAUAAAAAGCAAGUUUAUCGCCAAUUAAUCGAUAAUUCCUUCUUUAUUUAUAUACAUAUAAAUGUGAAUAUAAAACAUCAUAAAUAUAUCGGAGAACCUAAA